AUGUCUCAGCCAAAAUCCUCGUCAAAAUCAAGAUCCUCCAAGGGCGACUCUUCCAAGGUGCACAAGCUUGCUCUGAAGGGGUCUUCCAAGGUUGUCAAUGAGUUCGUCAAGGCGUAUAUCAAAAAGAUCAUGUCGCAGCUUAAAGAGUGGAUGUACGGCGGCAAAAUCUCGAAGCUGGUCGUUGUCAUCACCAGCAAAGAGACAGGCGAGCACGUCGAGCGCUGGCAAUUCGAUGCAAAAAAGACCGAGACCGAAAUCCAGGCGGAGAUCCAGUCCAUCUUCCGACAAAUUACAGCUUCCGUCACAUUUUUGCCAAUGCUAGACGGCAACUGCACAUUCAAUGUACUCGUCUACGCAGAUGCAGACUCAGAAGUACCCCUCGAAUGGGGCGACAGCGAUGCCAAGGAGAUACAGAAUGGCGAAAAGGUGCAACUGCGCAGCUUCAGCACGAGUAAUCAUCGGGUAGAUACUCUGGUAAGCUAUCGGUAA